GGUACUUAUUCUUAAUUCGCCAAGCAAAACCUGUAUAUUUCCCAUAUACCAUUAAGACCGAAUUCAAAUGUUUCCAAUUCUCAAAUUGCAUUUCAACACUCAAUCUAGAUGCCUCUUCAAAAGCUAUUUCAGGUACAAACAAAGCUGCUUGUGGUCAACUUUUACUAAUUCUAGCACAUGAAGGAUCUAUUAAGCAAUCAAAAAAAACUUUUGUGCAAAAUAAUCAAGAUAUAUAG